AUGGACAAUCCACCUAGAAAGAUGUCGGGCAAGCUGGUCAGUGGAGUAUGCAGACUGAGCACCAUAACAGAGCAAGAAGCGGACAAGCUGGACACCGAUCCCAGUUCCCAUGAUCCCCUGGGUGGCAGUGAAUGGGGUGGAUCCAGCUCCAUGUGUUCUGACAAGUUUAAGAGCAGCAGCAGUGUUUUUUCCACUGAUGAUUCAUACCAGCCCGGCAGUGGAGAUGAAUGUGCAGCAGUUCUACUUGCCUGUCUGCAUUGUCGUUUCCACGAAUUUAUGGUUCUGCUGCUGGAUACAUGUGAGAAGGCUUUAAAUAGCUGUUUUCCCUCGUACAAAUACAUCACAGCGGCCGCUGACAGAGACCAGCAAGGAAAAGACUGCUGCAAUUCAAAGCUGGAGCUGGACUUUAACUGCUGUGGCUCCUGUCAGGACGCAGGAGAACUUAUAGAGCUGGCCAUGGAGAUAUCAGAGGUCUGCUAUCGCUGA